UAGCGCUGCUUUUAGGUUAAAACAAAACUACAUAUCCCAGCAUUCCAACUGUCUCCAAGUUAAACGACUGGAAACGACAGCAAGAUAGAAGACCAGAUAGUAAUAUCUGGAUAUUGGGUUUCAUGCUAUUUGACAAGAUGAUAUGGGCACGCAAGAAUAAAGUAUAAUUAUUGUGUUGAAAUUGUAUAUUUCUUCGUCAAAAGGUUGCUGUCUACCUUGCUAGUCCGUUUUUUUUUAAUUUUCGUGUGAAGGAGGUCACUCUUUUCUGUAAAGUACCGCUGUUUCUAGAGAUGGCUAUGGUAAGUCGAUUCCGAGCAGGACCAGAUGCUGAACAACUCCAUCACCGGGAAGCUGCACAGCUGCUUCUGUUCAAUUUCUUACUCAUUCUUACUAUUCUGACGAUCUGGCUGUUUAAAAACAGGCGUUUUCGAUUUCUGCAUGAAACCGGAGGAGCGAUGGUUUACGGUCUACUAAUGGGAUUAAUUCUUCGCUAUGCCACUGCACCAUCUGAUCCUGAAAACAGGAGAGUGUAUAACUGCAACAAGGACCUGAAGGCCAACCCUUCCACGUUACUACUCAACAUAACAGACCGUCUAUAUGAAUAUCAGUACAAGGGAGAAAUCACUAAAAGUAACAUCAAUGACCACCAAGGAAACUUGUUACUGGAAAAAAUGACAUUUGAUCCAGAAGUAUUCUUCAAUGUUUUUUUGCCACCAAUCAUUUUCCAUGCUGGAUACAGCUUAAAGAAGAGGCAUUUCUUUCGCAAUUUGGGAUCUAUUCUAACAUAUGCUUUUAUAGGAACUCUCACUUCUUGCAUUGUUAUAGGGGCAAUAAUGUAUGGCUUUGUGAAGGCUUCAGUGCAGCUUGGCCAAUUAAAAGCUGGCGAAUUCCACUUCACAGACUGUUUAUUCUUUGGAGCCUUGAUUUCUGCCACUGACCCAGAAGGAGAAAUCAUCCAGAGGAAGCGUAAUAAGCUAGUGCGUGAUUUGAAAGAUUACGAGACUGGCAUACUGUUCUCGUGGCAACGAGAACCUGUACGCAGCAGGUCAAAGGUCAGGAAUGGAAGUCAGAGACAACGAGGUAGUUCAGCGUCUUCAGCGUCUUCAGCGGAAAGGAAUACUUCUAAAAAUGUGACUUUCGCCAAUACCUCAGCGACUGUUAGCACAGCUGAGGUUCUCGAUGGUGCCUUAGUUUCAUCAAACACAGGAGAUUCCUUUCAGAUGAACACUUUCAUCAGAAAGCUGUUGUUAAAGGUUUAUUUUAAAAGAGAAGAUGAGUCAGUUUCUGGAAAUGUUGAUUCUAAUGUCUGUUGUACUGAUUUAGAUGACAGCCUUUUGAAUUUGUCUAUAUAUGAUUAUGAUGGGUCAGUCCUCUAUGAGUUGCAUGGAAAUGAUGAACAAGUGAACCAUGAAAGUAUUUAUAACACUGGUUAUGAAGAAGUUUUAAUCACUAAAAUUAAUGAACUAGAGCAACAGCUGUUUAAAGAAUAUACUGAGCCAAUUAUACAUGAUCUUUUUGACAAUAUAUUAGAUUGUGUUUCUGCAUACGAACGCAAAUUGUUUCAGCAGAAACAAAGUAAAGUUUCAAGAGACAUACAGGACUUUAAAACAGGACAAGUUUUUGUCUGGGAAAGACGUAUCCCAGAGCGUACUUUUAAUCUACGUAGUGGGCAAGAAAGUUUGGCUCCUAAACAGCAUUUAACUUUGUUGAGAAUUAACAAGAUGCCAUUGUCUCCUGCAACUGUCUCUAAUUCAACUAAUAAUGUAGGAGAAGCCUUGACUGUUGAUAUUGAAAGCAAUGGCCCUGACAUUACACCUGUUGACACCAGUUCUUUUACUGGUUCAGUUGCUACUAAUGAUGAAAUAACUACAUGUAAUGACUCUUUGGAUGUUAUACAUAUAACUCAUAAUACCAUGAACCCAAGUGUGAAUUUGUAUCCUACUGUUAAUGUUGUUAAUAAGAAAACACUGUUUUGUACUCUAAAUCACUUCCUUAAUGUAGGAGAUACUAAAAGGAUACAUUUUGCAAGUUCAAUAGCCAUUUACAGCCCUAAAGAAAAUCCUAACACGUUCGAUGCAGCAGCAUUCUUUCAGUCGGUUGGCAAUUUUCUUGGAAUCUUUGCUGGGUCUUUCGCCAUGGGUUCUGCAUAUGCAGUUCUCACAGCUGUGUUGACAAAGUUCACAAAGCUUUGUGAAUUCCCCAUGUUGGAGACUGGACUGUUUUUCUUGUUGUCCUGGUGUGCAUUCCUUUCUGCAGAAGCCUGUGGCCUCACUGGAAUUGUUGCAGUACUGUUUUGUGGUGUUACGCAGGCUCACUAUACAUACAACAAUUUGUCAGAGGAGUCAAAAGUGAGAACUAAGCAGGUAUUUGAAUUCAUGAACUUUUUGGCAGAGAAUUUCAUCUUCUGUUAUAUGGGUGUUUCAAUGUUCACCUUUCAGAAUCACAAUUUCAAUGCUGUGUUCAUACUUGGAGGAUUUGUUGCUAUUUUUGUAGCCAGAGCUUGCAAUAUAUAUCCCUUGUCAUUUAUUCUCAACUUAGGACGAAAACAGAAGAUUCCUUGCAACUUUCAACACAUGAUGAUGUUUUCAGGUCUACGUGGGGCUAUUGCAUUUGCCUUGGCAAUACGUGAUACAGAAUCCCUGCCCAAACAAACAAUGUUUACUACAACCUUACUUAUUGUGUUCUUUACAGUUUGGAUCUUUGGAGGGGGAACUACUCCAAUGCUUACAUGGCUGCAGAUCAGAGUGGGCGUAGACCCUGAUGAAGAUAUGAAAAUAAGAACUGCAAAGGAGGAUACUUGUGAACCUGAAGUGAUAAAUACUACUAAAGCGGAAAGUGCUUGGCUUUUUGGUCGAUGGUACCAUUUUGACCACAGAUAUCUAAAGCCAAUUUUAACUCAUGCUGGACCACCGCUUACAGCAACUUUGCCUGAAUGGUGUGGACCAAUUGCAAAACUGUUGACUAGUCCUCAGGCAUAUUCGAAUCAGGAACAAUUAAAGGAAGAAGAUGACACAGACUGCAUUAUCAGUCAUGAUGAACUCACAGUCAAUUAUGAAGCUGGCACACCUGCCUCAGAUCAAGGUUCUUAUCCAGGGAAUGAGAGCACAGGAACCACAGACAAGGAAAAUCUUACUGAAGGAGACUUGGGCCUUGCAGAAUAUGACUUUAGAAGAGAAAGCCCCCACAAUCAAGGCACAGGCCAUCCCAUGGUUUGAGAAGUGUAUGUAAAUGUCAACAUAAGGGAGUAGAUAGAAAAAGAAGCCACUUUAAUAACCAAUGUGUGUGUGUGUCAUGGGAGCACCGUACAAAUGGUAGCUGUGAAUAAUGUUGACAGUUUUUCCCAUGCUGUCAUGAAAUGUGUUUACAGCCUCACUGCAGCUGAAAGAUGUUAUGAAAUUUUGUCAACAAGGAAGAUCAAAAAAGGCAUCUUGACUUAGUUUGGGAUCCAUGUCAGGAAAAACGAGAAAGAUCUUAUUGUUAGUGCGAUAAUUGGACACUUUUGUGUGCAGUGGUCUGCAGUGGGAAAAUAAAUGUGUCUCUUCACAUUAGACUUCUGUUUCUCAUACUCUUGUAAUAAAUAUUUACAUGUUCUUGUCAUAUGUUUUCUUUUAAAAGUGUUCAUUGUUAGAAUUAAAAAAAAAAUGAAGUGGGCAUUCUGACAGUAAGUUUGUUACACGUUAUGUAUGUAAGUUCUUGUGUACUGAAGUGUUGCAUAGUUACAAGUUCUAUUCUGAGCAUUUUAUCUUUUUUUUUUAAUUACUCCCACUGGAGUUAUAUGCUUAAUUUAGAUAUGCAGUAUUUUAACAUAUCAUCUGUAUCAAAGUCAUAUUUUUUAAAUAUUGUUUCAACAGUUUUUUUUUGCUUUGAGUUUUAAAAUGAAUUUCAAUAAAAGAACAGUUAUGAAUAUCUA